CUCACCGUCUUUCAUAACCAUAAUACUAUGAGCGGCCGUCAUAUCAGUGGCAAUAAGUACGAAGUCAUUAAACUUUAUUCCAAUUACAGUUUCCAUUUUGUCGGAGAAAAAUUAAUCUUCUCAUAAACGAACGUGAACUAUUAAAAAGUAGAAACAGAAAUAUAAAACUUCUGUUUUCAAGUUUUCUACAGAACAACACAAUAAUGUAUAAAGAUAAAAUGAUGGAGCGGUUUUUUCGUUUAGGUAACUUUUGAGCGAAACAAUUCCGUCACUACCUUCAGAUAAAUAAAUGAUAGCGAUGAUAACAAUAUUAGUCAACAAACCACAGAUAUUCAGUUAAGUAUCAACAUUCAAAAGUCGUGACUCGUGAAUAGAUAUCGCCAACAGAUAGGUAUUCAAAAGUUAGUAAAAACUAAAAAUAAGUUAUUUUAUGUAUCUGUGGGUAUCACGGGUUAAUUUAUUACUUUUAGUGAAAUUAAUCGUUUUGACUGUUGAAGUAUUAGUUUUGAAAUAGUCGACUCAUCAAAAUGUCUGAAAAAAGACAACACCAAGAUAGUGAUGAGGAGAAUAAUUCGUCUGAUGACGAUUGUGUGGGUCCAAGUUUAUCGGAAGCAACAGAAAUAGUUGAAAAAAAGAAAAGAAAAGGUUAGUCAGUUUUGUGUACUUUAGUCAUGUAUCUACACAAAAAAACUUUCUCCUUAUUCAUUUAAACCAAUUUUAACUCAAAAUAUUAAAUAAAUAUUCAUAAAAUUAAAAAAAUUUGAUACAAAUUACAAUUUCGACCAAUUUGUUUAUCAUAUCUGCAAUUUACUCUGCACUUUAAUAUUUUUACUUAUAUAGAAUAUUGAGUUGCUAAAAUAGUAUUACCAUAAUACCUAUUUAUAUUAUUUUGGAUAUAAAUUUUCAAUUACAUAUAAUUGUGUUUAUUUUCUGAGUAAUAAACCUUUAAAUUCUUUUGUUUUUUUUUUGUAAUUUUGAAUGGAUAAUAUAGUCCAGAAUAUAAUUUCAUCUUGCAGCUUUGUCCCAAAUAUUAAAAUUAUUAUUAACUUACGUAUAUUUAAUAAAAUACUUAGCAUGGCACAACUUCAAUGUUAAAAUAAUUAAUAAAUAGAUAAUACCUUGGCAAAUAGUUUUUAUUUUUUCAAAUAUUUAAUUCACAUCCCUAUAAAAUUGAGAUAGGUACCAGCAUUCUAUUUAUGCAUAUUCUGCAAGUAGACAUUUUAUAACUAAACAGACAAUUAAGUGGAUAUUUAUGUAAAUAUUUUAAUAAAUAGUUUUAGAAUAUGAACAUUUAUACUUGGAAAAUUUACCGACAUGUGAUACAUACGAAAAAAGUUAUAUGCAUCGAGAUGUCGUUACACACAUAAUUAUCACCAAGUAAUUUACUUUAAUGUUACAAUAUUUAAAAAUCCAAACGUUAUGCGUAAUUUUUAAUUUAGUUUUUUUCCUUUUUAAUUUACAGAACUGAUUUUUUAAUAACAGCCAGUUGUGAUGGGCAUGUUAAAUUUUGGAAAAAAAGUGAAGAGCUAAUAGAAUUUGUAAAACAUUUUCGCGCUCAUCUCACUCCAGUUAUUGAUUUAGCGGAUAAUUACAAUGGAACUCUCGUGUGUACAAUAUCGUCUGACCAAAUGGUUAAAGUUUUCGAUGUUAUUAAUUUUGGUAUGUGUAAAUUAUACAUCAUAUUUAUAUCAAUUUUAUGUAAUUGUUUUGAUCUUGGAAAUAAACCCAUUAGUUCUAUUGAAAUAUGAUUUAUCUGCCAUUUAAAUCUAUUUUGAUUUUUAAAAUUGUACUUCAGUAUUUUAUUACAAAUUGUAUUAUUUUGUUUAAUUUGCAGACAUGAUUAACAUGAUAAAAUUAAAUUACAUCCCAUUAAGUGCAUGUUGGAUUCAUUCAAAAGGCGAUAAAGUUCACACCCUAGCUGUGUUAGUAAUAUUGAAACCCUAUUGAAAUUUUGUUUCAUAAUUUGUAUUUAUUUUUUUAAUUUUAAGGAAAUAUUAACUGAAGUAUUAAUUUUAUUGUAGAAGCAGUGCUACUGAUCCAAAAAUAUAUAUUUAUGAUGAAAAUGGAACAUCCCUUCAUGUGAUUGAAAAAAUGCAUACUAAGCCAAUAGUAUUCAUUAAGGUAUUAUUUUGGAAAUGGCAAUUUAUUCCUUUUAGAUUCUGAGCAAUCAAUAUCUUGGUUUUACUAUGAUAAUCAAUUUUUUUUGUAUGUGUAAAAAAUAAUUUACCUGCCCCAUUUAAAAAAAAAGUCAAGAGACCUUUUUUGUUGCAUUUUGGAUCUAAUUGAUACGCAUUUCAAAAGUCAUUGUUUAAUAUUAUCCAAAGAGUUUUCUUAAUAAUUGGAAAAAAAUGAUAAAGUUUAUGGUGUUAACAAUUUUGUUAUUUUAUAUUUUGGUUUUUUUUUUUGUAAUUUAAAAUAAUUAUAUUAGCCUUUGCUAAAAAUGGUAAAACAUUCUUGUGAUUUUUGAGCUAUUUAUUUAUUUUGGCAUUUAACAUUUUCAAGUUGUUUGGUUAUUAUUUAAUUUAAUGUAGAUAAAAUUGUUUGACCGAACAUAAUUGCUUAAGAAUUUAAUACUAGGUUCAUUUUAAGUUUAAUUAGUAGUUAAAAAAAAAGUUGAACAUAAUGUCAGUUUUUUUUAUAAACAUAUUAAAAUCAAAAUAUGACAACAAUUUUAAAAAUUCCAAAAUAUGUAUAACUGAACGUUUUUCAGGUAAAAAUAAUUUAUAAUUGCAUACAUUUAUAAAUCAAAUAACAUUAUGUAUCCUAUCUUUCCAAAUUUUUACCUAUAUCAGCUCUUUUUUUUUUUUUUUAAUUUAUAAUUAAUAUAUUCUUUACUAAAAAUACAAUUACAAUUUUAGUUCAAUUGUGUAUUUGAAGUAGCUGUAUCAGCAGAUAAGAGUGGAAUUAUUGAAUAUUGGUCUGGAGCCAAAAAAGACUAUCAGUUCCCAACACAAGUACAAUUUGAUUCAAAGCUCGACACUGAUCUCUUUGAAUUUGUUAGACAUAAAACACAUCCAACAUGUUUAUGUUUUUCAAAUGACGGUUUAAAAUUUGCUACUAUGUCUCCAGAUCGAAAAGUAAGUUAUAUACUUUUAAAAAAUGUCUUAUGUUAUUAAAAACAAUUUUUAUUUUAAGGUUAGAGUUUUUAAUUUUUUGACGGGUAAAUUAAACAGAGUUUAUGAUGAAACUUUGGCUCGUUUUAGUGAACUUCAGCAAAAAAAGCAACAAAUACCUAAUAUUGAAUUUAUUCGAAGGUAAACCCAGCAUCUCAUCGGGUUUUUAAAUCUGUUUUAUUACUAAAAUUUUUAAUCCUAAUAAUUAUAGAAUGGCUAUUGAACGAGAAUUGGAUAAAUUGCAAAUUUCACAUACAGCUAAUUUGUGUUUUGAUGAAAGUGGACAUUAUUUGUUUUAUCCAACCAUGUUGGGUGUGAAAGUUGUGAACAUAUUUAAUAAUACAUUGGUAAAAAUUAUUGGAAAACCAGAAAAUCUCAGGGCGUUACGAGUCGCCUUAUUCCAAGUCAGUACCUACUACCUACAUCACAGCAUAAGUUGUAUAUUUCAUUAUUAAAUUUUAGAUUCCGAGUGUAGUGAGGGAGCUUUUGAUUUACAAUGCUGUUUUUUUUUUCUAGUCUGUGGACAGGUUUUUUUUCUUGUAAACUUGCUCUGAUGUAUAAGUGUAGCAUUUUUUCUGAAAGCUCUAAUUGUCUAAAUUGUAUUUUAAAUGAGUUAUUUUUAGAUUUUUGACACCAUUUUUUGAAAUAAAAUUACUUAAGUGGGAAAACGUAGGAAAAGUACAAUUUCACGAUUUUAUUAUUUUACAAAAACACGAACAAACGUUUUCUACCAGAAAAAAUGAUUUAAUUGAAAAAUCACUAGAUACCUUUUUUUUUGUUAUUUUUUUAAUUUACUUUCUUAUAGUUUUAUUGCCAAAACUUUUGAGUCUCAUUUGAACUUUAAAGAAAUUUUAAUUUUUGGGUGUUUUUUGCUAUAAUUCGGUUAUAAAUACACAGAGACUUGAAACUUGGUAGUAAUACUUAAAUUGGACUUCUAUAAGUAAAAUUUCUGAAAUAAUCGGACAACUUUUUUUUCCUUUUUUAAUUAGCGUUUUGAUAUAAAAUUUAAUUAAAAUUGCAAAAAAUUAAUUUAGGGCACUUUAAAUUACUUAUUUAUUUGUAUUACUGAACUAUGCUUAGAAUCAUCUUUCAUCAAUCAGUGGUUUAUCGUUUCUUACAUGUAUAAAUGAAAUAACUUUGUAUAUCCUACUUUCCCUACUUCUCACCUACAACAGUGGCUGCUCUCAUCCCCAGUAUCGGCUUUUUUUUUAGUAUAAAAUUUUCACAUUAAUAUGGUUAUUUAUUUGUAGGGUAAAGCCAAAAAACCUAAAGCAGCAGUAACUUUAGAAAUGGAAGCAGCAACAAAUCCUACAUUAGAAAGUUCUUCAAGUGAUCCAACACUGUUUUGCACAGCAUAUAAAAAAAAUAGAUUUUAUAUGUUUACCAAGUUAGUUUUUUUGUAAUUUAUUGUAAACUUAUCAAUGUUAUUAAAAUAAUUGAUUUAUAAUUUAUUAGUACAUAUUUGUUUUAUUAUGUAGACGUGAACCUGAAGACAUUAAAAGCAUUGAUGCAGAUCGAGAUGUAUUUAAUGAAAGACCUUCAAAAGAAGACAUUAUAUCUUCUACUGAAGCUGCUUGUAAGUCAAGUAUAGAAUUAAUUUUUUUCAAACUUUGAAUUUAAUGUAUUUAUGUUGUAAUGCCAAAUGUAAUAAAAUGUAUGUAAUGAUUAAUAAAACAUGUUUAUAUGAGAGUGGAAUUAACUAUUUACAAAUGUUUGUAGGUAUUCAACGGUUAUACGAUACGGCUGUUAUACACACUGUUUUUGGUGAUAUUCAAGUUUCAUUGUUCAAAGAAUGCCAGAAAACUGUUGAGAACUUUUGUGUACAUGCCAAGAACGGAUAUUACAACAGUAAUAUAUUCCAUAGAGUCAUAAAAGGAUUCAUGAUACAGACUGGAGACCCUACGGGUAAUAAAAAAACAACUGAUGUUUAAAACAAGCCAACUUCUAUGCCAUGUUACUAAUUUUAUUUUUUUGAUUGUUUAAGGCACUGGUUUGGGCGGAGAAAGUAUAUGGGGAGGAGAAUUUGAGGAUGAAACUCGUCCACAUUUAAAGCAUGAUCGACCUUACACUUUAAGUAUGGCAAAUGCUGGACCACAUACAAAUGGUAGUCAGUUCUUUAUCACUCUCAUACCUACUGUGAGUGUUAAUUUAUUAAAAUUAGGUUUAAAUAUAAUUUAUUUAUAACAAAAUAUAUGCAAGGUAUAAAUAAACUAUAUGUACUAUUAUUUUUAGCCUUGGUUGGAUUUUAAACACACGGUAUUCGGAAGAGUUACCAAAGGAAUGGAAGUGGUGCAAACUAUAUGCAAUGCCAAAACACAUCCAAAAACUGACAAGCCACACGACGAUAUACAAAUAAUUAAUAUUAGUUUGAAAUAAGCAAUUAGGUAAACAAUUUUUUUUUUUUAAACAUUUACAAUUUUUUGUAUUUGUAUUAUUUGUUUAAUAUUAUCGGUACAUUAUUCAUAAACACGAAUAACAUAAUAUACCAAGAUCUUUAUUUUACUUAAAAUUUUAAAAUAAUUUAUUUUGCCAAUAAAACAACUAAUCAACAAUGAUUUGCUAAGUACAUAUCAGAGAUUUCAUAUUAAUUAUGUCCAUUAAAUGUACA